AUGAAGUUCAGUAUAUGGGAUACAGUCCAGGCCGCUAUGGCUAUUCCUGCAACAAGCAACCUCAGAUUGUAUUUAUCUAGGGCCACUCUUCCGAAGAUGCAUUUCGCCGCCACAGCCAUGCCGAUGCCACCAGAGGGCCACAAAGCACACAUGAAUCAGCUCACAGUCAUCCCUCAGGCAUUCAGGAGACUGGAGAACAUGCAUGCGCUGGGAAGAAGUUUCUCAGAAGAUGUGCUUUCCUUCCUGGAUCGGUGCAUUCCCUCUGCGCCACUGGACGCAGACAAUGACGAUGAAACUACGGGAGAGGUACUCACUCUCCCAUGCGCCCCAUACUACAAUAUCCCCAAGCGUGCUGUGGGGCAGGUCUCCGAUGUCGAGCUAAUCUGUUGUUGGGUCAUUGAGUACCCCCUGAAAACCGCCCAACGCAUUCUGCAUCUCACUAUGCCACAAACAGACGACUGGUGUUUUUCAUUGAAGAAGUGGCACGCCAGCGCUGUUGACAUCGACAACGACAUAAUCCGAUAUACGACGUUCAGUGCGUCAGCUGCGCCUCCGUCUACUCAAGGCUACCCGAAGCCCUCAGUCACUGUGAUCACACAACCACCCUGGAUACUUUCGCCCAAAGACCUUAUCGCGUUUGUACGAUGCUCAGCACUUCCUCCUCAUAGUCCGAAUAGCGAGCGCAAGGAUUAUACCUGCUGUGAGAGGUUAUGGAGUAAGAUAUGGGACGUCUGUUUCCUUGAGCGCUCUCACUGGUUUGUGGUGACUACGUAUUUUGGUUGGGUGUUCGGUGCCUUCUCGAAAGGGUGGACACGGGCCUUUGUAUCGCCAAUCUUCAAGUCAGAUGAACAGGAUCCUACCGUGGAAGAAGUUCUAGUCUAUUGGCUCGCCUCAGCAGUAGGUGUCGACGGAGGCUGGACAAUACCUGAGGUACCAGAACCAGUUCACACCAUUGGAUUGGAGGUCGUCAACUCAAUCCCUCCACCUCUUACCCGUAGACCCCCCCUUGUACCCUCUAUAUCGGACUGGAGUGGCGAAGGUGGUGCACACAUGUCGGACACUUCAUCAGCCAUUGAUGCUGAAGAAGUCGACAGUAUGCUCAUGGAUCUCCAGGACGAAGGCGAUUGUGGCAGUUUGUCUGGAGUCCCAAACAACCCCAUCGUGCGGGAGAAAUACAGUCACGACUCCGUCGGCUCUGUUGAGGGUAUCCAACACUGGAUAAACCACGUAGAUCCGACCGGCGUUCCCGCCGAACGCCCUCCAUCUCCGAGUCCGUCACAGUCGUCUGUGUCAACGGUGCGAGAGUAUACGUGGAACAGUAGUCGAGAGGGUGACUGGUUGUCAGUCGAUGUGCGCGAGCGUCGGUAUGAUUAUGUGUGA